CAGAAGAUGGCGGUGUUAGCUUUGUUUGUUAGUAGUAAGCGGCUGAGGGCAGCUCUUUUUGUACAACGUUGACUGUACACAACAGCAGGGUUAUUCAUUGGUAUGGUUUUCUAAUGUUUACUCUAUUGGACUUUAUUUUAAUUUGUCGCGGUCAGAAGUUUCAUUUGGAAGUCACGAAACUAGCAAGAUUCAAGUCAGCGUACGUUAGCUUGUUAUGUCAGCAACAGCCAGCUUAAAGGUUUCCAGCUAACUUAAUACUUUGGCCAGUACAAGUAAAGGAGUAAACAUACCCAGAGAACUGAAUUCAUCAUGAUUAAGUGUUUGUGUUUUUAUGUGCCGCGGUCAAAAAGUUUCAGUUGGAAGUCACGAAACUGGCCAGCUUCAAGUCAGCGUACGUUAGCUUGUUAGCAACAGUCAAUUUAAAGGCUGUAAGCUAACUUGAUACUUUGGUCAGUACAAGUAAAGGAGUAAACAUACCAAGAGAACUGAAUUCAUCAUGAUUAAGUGUUUGCCCUUAGAGCUUCAGGGGAAACUUCGCUCCGGUGUUGCCAUCCCCUCCCUUCAACAGUGUGUAGAGGAGCUCAUUCUGAACAGCAUCGAUGCUGGAGCGACCUGUGUGGGAGUCAGGAUGGACAUGGACGCUUUUAAAGUUCAGGUGAUCGACAACGGUGCUGGGAUGAGCGCUGAAGAUAUGGAGUGUGUGGGAAAUAGAUACUACACAAGCAAAUGUAGUUCUUUGAAUGACCUGGACAACCUCAGAUGGUACGGUUUCAGAGGAGAAGCCUUGGCAAGUGUGGUGUCUUUUGCCACUCUUGUUGAAAUCUCAUCACGGACCAGAUCAUCAGUGAAAACACAUGUUAAAAUAUUCAAGGAUGGCAAAGGAUUAGAUGUCUUUGAAGCAGAAACUGCUCGACCUUCUGCUGGAACAACUGUUAUCAUUUGUAACUUCUUUCACAACAUGCCAGUCCGGAGGAAGAGGGUCGAUGCUGUCCUGGAGGGUGAGAGGAUCAGACACAGGGUGGAGGCUCUUUCUCUGAUGCAUCCCUCAGUAUCAUUCACCCUGAAGAAUGACUCCACUGGAGCCAUGUUGGUGCAGCUUCCUAAAGCUAGAAACACCUACCACAGGUUUGUUCAGAUCCACGGCCUUAUGCGAGCAGAGAAACUGGGAGAAAUCAGCUACACACACAAGCAGUUUGAAGUGAUCGGCUACCUCGGCAGAGAGGGUCACUACAAUAACAGCUUGCAGUUCCUGUAUGUAAAUGACAGGCUGCUGUUGAAAACACGGAUCCACAAGCUGCUGAACUUUCUCCUGCGCAGAAUAAGCAGUUCAAGCCAGAAAAAUGACAGUUCAGAUGUGCCGUCUGUCAUCAGGAGUCCAAAACACAAACGAAGCCAAGAGCUGUAUGGGGUAUACAUCAUCAAUAUUAAAUGCUCUUACUCAGAGUAUGAUAUUUGUCUUGAGCCUGCCAAAACUCUGAUAGAGUUCAAAGAUUGGGGUGGGAUUUUGCUUUGUGUAGAAGAAGCAGUGAAAGCUUUCCUGAGCAGGGAAAACUUGGUGGCUGUCCUUUCUCAAGAUGACUUGGAUGAUGUAUCUCCUAAUGUUUUUGGCACAGAUGGAACAGAUCAAGAAGAGAAUAGCGACAAAUGUGACUUAGGAACAACUGGUACUUCCUCACUGGAUUGCAGCAUUGGAAUUAAACUGGCAUCUGAAUCUGUUCAUCGCAAAUGCACAGAUGUCGGUGUAUGUGUGGACAGUAUUUGCCUGGAGUCUGACCUGACCGAGUGUAGAGCAGAUGAAACUGAUCAACUAGGGCAGAAAAGGAUACCUGCAGAUGAAUUGGGCAUAAUGCAUGGUAAAAAAUGUGUAAAUAAUGAAUGUGUAGAGGAGCCACAAUGUGAUCUCGCUACACUAGAGCCUGCAUCUCAUAAUAACAUUAAGAAAGAAGAGAAACCAGUAUUCAGUGAAUCUGGGGAAGGCUCUAAAAUGUUACAUAUGUCAGAUGGCCUAGAUGGUGCAGUUAUUGAAGAAAAGGACAUUCAGUCAAACAGUGCUACCUCAAUCAGCAAUGUAUAUACACUACAUAGUCAUAUUAAACAAGUUCAGCCUGAUUUAAACUGUACUGAGCCAACAGUACCAGACUGCCAUGGACAGACUCUAUUAAGUGACAGAAAAAUCUGUCUGUCUGACCCAUACAUUCACGAAAGUCUGCACACCCAGAGCCUAUCCAAAACCAACAGGCCAGUAUUUCAGAUUGGAGAUUUACCUUUGAAAAGUGAAGGAAGAUCCUUGGCAUCAAAACACAAAAUCUCACUCUAUGCAGGCCAAGAAGGAUCCUCUCAGAAGCUAUGCAGAGACUUUGCUGCUAUUAUUCCAUCAAAAAUCCCCAAAAUAAUUUCUUGUCAGAAGUUAUCCACGUGUAAGGAGUCUGGCUCUCUAGACAGGUUCAGAAGAAUAUAUGUUAGAUCUGAUGAACUGAAAUUACCAAGCGCUAUUGAGGCUCAUGCACAGAACAACACCAGACGUACUCAGACAGACAGCUUUGUUUUGAAUCCUAAAAAUAUAUUAGCUUGUCAGGAAAAUUGGCAAGAGGGCGAUGUUACAAAGACACAAGAGGGAGAGGAGAGACAGUGCAGCUCCCAAAGCCCACCCAUACUAUCAGCUGUCUCUAAGCUAAAACCAGUCUCAGCUGAGAAUAAAGGUAAAAAAUCUUUGGCAGCUAAACUCUGCCAUUUAAAGCAACACAUCACAAACGAUUCAGAAGUAACACUAUACAUGUCCAGGACUACCUCAGAGGAAAAUAUCCCUCUCAGUAGUGGUAGUGAUGGUAUCCAAGAGAGCAACAACGAGAAUCCCUGUGAUCCUGCACCAAAUCUCCAUCUGGACACAGGUUGCAGUACAAAUCCUGAACUGGAUGAAAAGGACGAGGAUAUAACAUCAAAUGACUGGCUUCAUCACUACGAUACAUCUGUUGGAAAGAUGGUUUACGUCAACAGAGUGACCGGGCUCAGCAGAUAUGAAGAACCAGCUGUAGAAGAAACACAAGUACGCUGUACAUCUGAUGUCACCAAUAUGGCAGUUAGUGUCAUCUCUGAAACAGAUGAUCUUGGUGAAAGCUCCAACUCACUUUCUUCUUUGUACUCAAAAUGGAAUAACCCCGUGUUUGUACGCCCUCCUAUGGUUGGUGUGGAUAUUUCCACUGGAAAAGCUGACGAACUGGCUGUAAAGGUUCACAACAUCCUGUUUCCGUACCGUUUCUCUAAGGCCAUGAUUCACUCAAUGAAGGUUAUUCACCAAGUGGAUAAGAAGUUUCUUGCAUGCCUCAUCAAUACAAGAGAUAAAGAGCCAGGGGCACCCACUGAAACUGAGGGAAACCUGUUGGUGCUGGUGGAUCAACAUGCUGCACAUGAGAGAGUUCGACUUGAAAAUUUAAUUGCAGAUUCAUAUGAGAACAAUCCAGAUGUCCAAGGGGAGAAACGUCUGUGUUCGUCAACCAUUUUGCCACCUCUUGAGAUCAGUAUGCCAGAAGAGGACUUAAGACUGCUUAGGUCUUGUCAGUCACAUUUGAGGAGUUUGGGACUGGAAGUAACUUUCUCACAGGCAGCAGAUCCACAAGUGUUUGUAGGGAAGGUACCACUGUGCUUCACGGAAAAAGAGAGUAAUGAGCUCCGACGAGGAAGACCAUCUGUUAUCAAGCCUAUUGUUGAGGAGUAUCUUCAAGAGCAGAUUGAGUUACUACGCUCAACAGGUAGAGUGAGAGGAACUUUGCCUCUCACUGUUCUAAAAGUGCUCGCCUCGCUAGCGUGCCACGGUGCCAUCAAGUUCAAUGACACUCUAAGCAAAGAUGAAUGCUGCAGCUUGGUAGCAUCCUUGUCUUCCUGCCAGCUGCCUUUCCAGUGUGCUCAUGGCCGUCCAUCUAUUGCUCCCCUUGUAGACAUCCUUCAUUUGGACAAAGACCAGAAGGAAUUCCACAAACCAAACCUCCAAAAGCUGAGAAGAAUGUACAAAGCAUGGGAACUCUAUGGAAAUAGAUAAGUUGGUGUGUCUUUUAUUUUAAAAUAUGUAAUUUAUUGCCAAUAAAAGGAAGUAUAGCUCAUAAAAAUGUCUCAAAUAUUCUAGUUUUCCUCAAAGUCCUAUAUUUAAGACCUUUUGUUUUAUACUCACCCAAAAGUAAAUUCCAAGAAAAGUAUAUCAGUUACACAAUGUCAGAUUUAAAUAACAGUCAUUUUGUCAUAGGCAAAAAGAGGAAAUGCUGAAAUAAAUUGAAGAAAUGUGAUGCAUUGUCAGGAAAACAGUAGCAGGCACAGUGUAGUGACCAUGUGAAUGUUCCAAAAUCUGGUGAUCCACUUGGUGAUUAAGCAACAGUUAGUCAGAAAAACAUUUAUUUAUUUAACUACUUCUGUCAAACAGCAGAUUGAGAUGAAGCUGAGAAGCAGCUGUUGUGUUUUGCUAGAAAUGGCACUUGAAAUUGCAGACACUUUGUCACUUUUUUUAAAUACUUUAGUCAGUUUGAUAUUUUUUUUUAGAAACCUCAAGAAAUGAAUCUCACAUUUUUCUGUAGUCUGACUUUUGUCAAAGGCAAAGCACCUGCUAUGAAAUAGAAAUAAACUUAUAUGCAGUUUUCUGCCCUAGUGGUGAUCUAUGUAUACAUUAAUGUAUGCAAAAUACCAGUCUGCUGUUCUAUUCACCAUUUGAGUGUAGCAGUUCUCUCUUCUGUUGAAGAAUUAAAGGAAGCUGCAGUGCACCUUUUACACAGCAGACAUCUUGACUUGUCACAUCAGGGAAAGCAAAGGCAUAUUAGUUACAGCUGCAGAUACCUGAGGUCCUGCUGUCAUGGCUUUCUGGGACACUUUAAGACUUUGAGACUAAAUAAUAGACUAGUUUUACAGUGUUUAAACAGAGUUACAGGCGAGCUGGUGUACUUGUGCU